AACAAAAAAUAAAAAAGACAGGCGUGAAGGCAAAUUUCAGAUAAAAACUCUUCAGUUGCUUACUCUAAUUGUCUCCCUCACCAUCUCUCUCAAUCACUAGACUCUACAAAGACUAGAUAAUAUGCAAGAAACUCUCAGUUUUAAUGCUGUUUCAUAAUGGUAUCAUAAUGAUAAAAAACUUCAACCUCUUCUUCUUUGAAGAAGACCACCAUUUUUGUAACCAUUAUGGCAUUUCAAGAACAAGAUAACCAAUUAAUUCUUGAUGGGUUAUUGUGUGAAGAGGAAUGUAUUGAGGAAAAGCAAGAAAUAAAUGAAGUUUUUCAUAAUUUUUAUGUGAAAAAGGAGCCAUCUUUUUCAGUUUGUUCUUUGUUUGAGCAUGACUUGUUUUGGGAAGAUGAUGAGUUAUUCAAUCUAAUGGCCAAAGAAAAAGAUGCCCAGUUUGGUUUUAAUGAUAUGGAAUCGGUUAUGUGUAAUGGGUCUGUAAUGGUGGCUCGUUAUGAAGCUGUGGAGUGGAUUUUGAAAGUUAAAGCACAUUAUGGGUUCACUGGUUUGACUUGUGUUCUUGCUUUGAAUUACUUUGAUAGAUUUGUUCUGAGUUUAAAGUUUCCUGAAGAUAAGCCAUGGAUGGGUCAACUUGCUGCUGUUGCUUGUUUAUCUCUGGCUGCUAAAGUUGAGGAGACUCAAGUGCCCCUUCUUCUAGACUUGCAAGUUGAGGAAGCUAAGUAUGUGUUUGAAGCCAAGACUAUUAAAAGAAUGGAGCUUUUAGUGCUGUCUGCUCUUCAAUGGAGGAUGAAUCCUGUGACUCCAAUUGCAUUCUUUGACCAUAUUAUAAGGAGAUUUGGCUUAAAGAAUCACUUGCAUUUGGAGUUUCUUAGGAGAUGUGAGCGUUUACUUCUCCAUGUUAUUUCAGAUUCAAGGUUCAUGUGUUAUCUUCCUUCCGCAUUAGCUACUGCGAUUAUGCUUCAUGUUAUUAAAGAGGUUGAGCCAUGUAAUGAAGGGGAAUAUCAAAAUCAACUUAUGUCCGUGAUCCAAAUCGAUGAGGACAAAGUGAACGAGUGUUACAAGCUCAUUUUGGAGCUACCAGGCAACGAAAUCCCUAGUUACAAACGCAAAUAUCCGUCGGCACCUGGCAGUCCAAAUGGUGUCAUUGAUGCAUAUUUCAGCUGUGAUAGCUCAAAUGAUUCUUGGAAUGUUUCAUCAUCAGUUUCUUCAUCGCCAUUACCUCAAUUCAAAAGGAGUAGAAUCCAGGAUCAGCAGAUGCGGUUGCCCUCACUACAUCGUACGUUUGUGGAUGUGCUUACUAGUCCUCGUUAAUCUUUACUUUUUCCUAUUGCCUACUAUAGAGUAUGUCACUAGUUGACAACUUUCUCUAUUUAUGGAUCAAUCAUUGUAUGCUGUUCGUGAGGCUUAGUCUUUUGAUGCUAAACAAUAUCAUCACAUUUCUGGCCUUAUGCUAGAAACUUAUUCAUUCUCCGAAAGAAAACUAGAAAUGCAAUCUGAUCUAUUUGUUAGAGAAUGAAAUGAAGUAUGAUCUAUUUUAAGAUUGUUCA